AUUCAUGAGCUGCUUAAUAUCCACGCAGCACGUCGUUGCGACACGGGCGCGCGCGCCAUGAAUAUUCACGAGCUCAGCCCUCGCUGUAGUAGGAUUCGCGAUGUCUCUCUCCGGAUGUGUUGAUCGCAGGCGGUAGUGAUCCAGCAGCAGCAGCGGCGGCGGCGGCGGCGGAGGUGAGCGAGCGAGAGCGACUCUCUCAGCAGCAUCAUGGCGGAGCAGAGCGACUCCCCGGCGGCCGUCCAAACCCCGCAGCCGGCGCUCACCACCGGCUGGCCCAUUGUCAAGGAGGCGUACGAGCUCCAGGAGGUGAUCGGUAGCGGAGCCACAGCAGUCGUCCAGGCAGCUCUUUGUAGCCCUCGACAGGAGCGCGUGGCCAUCAAGAGAAUCAACCUGGAGAAAUGCCAGACCAGCAUGGACGAGCUGUUGAAAGAGAUUCAAGCCAUGAGCCAGUGUAACCAUCCAAACGUGGUCACCUACUACACCUCAUUUGUUGUGAAAGAUGAACUUUGGCUGGUCAUGAAGCUCUUGAGUGGAGGAUCAGUGUUAGACAUCAUAAAGCACACAUUCAACAAAGGGGAGCAUAAAAACGGCGUCCUAGAUGAAUCUACAAUAGCAACCAUAUUGAAUGAAGUCCUGGAGGGAUUAGAUUAUCUCCACAAAAAUGGACAGAUUCACAGGGACGUGAAGGCUGGCAAUAUUCUACUGGGUGAAGAUGGAUCGGUGCAGAUCGCAGAUUUUGGUGUAAGUGCUUUCCUGGCCACCGGUGGAGACGUCACUAGACACAAAGUGAGGAAAACAUUUGUGGGGACCCCGUGCUGGAUGGCUCCAGAGGUGAUGGAGCAGGUGCGGGGUUACGAUUUCAAAGCUGACAUUUGGAGUUUCGGGAUCACUGCCAUUGAACUCGCGACAGGCUCCGCGCCGUAUCAUCGCUACCCCCCUAUGAAGGUUUUAAUGCUCACGCUGCAGAACGAUCCUCCAACCUUGGAGACUGGGGUCGAAGACAAAGAGAUGCUUAAGAAGUAUGGGAAGUCUUUUAGAAAACUCAUAUCCUUGUGCCUUCAGAAGGACCCUGCUAAGAGGCCCACUGCAGCCGAGCUUUUGAAAUGUAAAUUUUUCCAAAAGGCUAAGAAUCGAGAGUACUUGAUUGAAAAGCUGCUUAGUAAAGGACCAAAUAUAAGCCAAAGAGCCAAAAAGGUCAGAAGGGUCCCGGGGUCGAGUGGUCAUCUGCACAAGACCGAGGAUGGAGACUGGGAGUGGAGUGACGAUGAAAUGGACGCGAGAAGUGAAGAAGGGAAGGCUGCUGUCAAUCACGGGAGGUCACGCAGGGUCAGAGACGAAAACCAGCAUGGUGAAGUGAACGCUAACAGUCUCCCGCUAGAGGACCUGUCCAUUCAGCAUCCCCAGGUUCAACCGUUGGAGAAACCUCCGAGCGCUCAGGGAGCGGUGAACAUGGUCCUGAGGUUGAGGAACUCGAGGAAGGAGUUGAAUGACAUACGGUUUGAAUUCACUCCAGGGCAAGACACUGCUGAUGGAGUUUCUCAGGAGCUCUUCUCUGCUGGUCUGGUCAACGGUCUCGAUGUGGUCGUGGUGGCCGCUAACCUUCAGAAGAUUGUAGAAGACCCAAUUACCUAUAAAGUAUUGACCUUUAAGUUGGCGUCCGGUUGUGACAGCACAGAGAUCCCAGACGAGGUGAAGCUGAUCGGCUUCGCCCAGCUGAGCGUCACCUGAGAGCGUCUCAUUAGAGCGGGAGGACGGAGAGAGCCAGCUGCUUCAUUCGAGACCUCCCGCCUCCUGCCCCCCGAUCAGGUUUUUCCCCCGAAUGUUUGCACCUGUUCAAUCAAACGCGGCGCUCUUAUCCAAACACGCACUCGCCCUCGUUCCCAGACGCUGUAUGCCUUUCACCGAAACAUUCCAGCAGCCAUUUACCCACAAUUCAAAGCAGGAGCCCGUCAUCUCAGGAGGCAAUAGCUAGCGAAAACAAAAAGGUUUUUUUGUUGUUUUAUUAAAUUGUUACGAUUUUGUUGGCUCUUACCGUAUUGUUAUUACCGGAAAGAAAAAAAAAGGCUUUUAUUUGACACAAGAGUAGCGCGGAUCGUAGACCACAAAGCUGAAGUGGAGACGUCUCCCUCUGAAUGUAAAAAGCACAUUUUCAUUCUGAAUGUUAACGCAUUCGAACUGUAUUGUACAUAGACCUUCUGAUGUCUGAAAUAAGGGAAUAUUUUUGUUGUUUUAGUUCCAGCUCAAAGAGUACGAGAGCAGGGAACCGAACGCUGCCAUGUGCAAACGUACUGCUUUCUUUUUUUCCGGGACGGUGUUGAUGCUUCGACGCUAGAGGUGCCUUGUUUUUUUUAAUCCGUGCCUAAGAAACGUAGGUUACAGGCUUGAAGCCGUUCGGCCGAUGCUGAGCGGGGAGAACGCCGCUCGACGUCAGACUCGCUCGUAGUAUUCUAGUUGGCGUCGAAGUUCACGGCUGAUGCACUUUGAUUUCCGCGACGCUUAUACCCUGACUGUCCACGUUUAACCCGCUGAUACGAACAAGGUCAUCGCUGCCACAAACACACGCCUUAAAGGGAUACUCCACCCCAAAAUUAAUAUUUAGUUGUUAAUCGCUGACAAAUCCCACGUCCUUCCAAACCCGUAAAAAGCAACGCUCUUCUUCGAAAUACAAUUUAAGAUCAUUUAGGCGAAAAACGAGAUUAAAAACCACUUUCAAGGUCCAGAAAAGUAUGCAAGACAUUGUCAAAAUACUCCAUCUGCCAUCAGUGGUUCAACCGUAACGUUAUGAAGCCAAAGAAAACAAAAAUAAUGACUUAAUUUAACGAUUUCGCCGCAGUAGUGCUACAGUAUUCGGCGCUGCAAUGAUGUUACGCUGCUAAAUCGUUGAAUAAAUUUAACUUAAUUUUUUUAUGCCGUAAUUGCUAUAAUUUACCACCGGCAAACCCAUAUUUUUUUUGCAGUGUUUUGUCGUCUCCUCACAAAAUUACGUGAGAUAUGGAGCGAUUAUGUAAGCACUUCAACGAGAAAGAUGGGGAAUUUUUUUUGUUAUAUCUUCCAUGAUUUUGCUGGAGAUAUAAAAUAAGGCAAACCUGAUUUUAAUGUAGUAUUUUAUUUUAUUAAUCUAUUGGGGCUUACCAUGCAUUGAAAGGAAUAAAUAUUUGUACUUGUUUUAA